GAAAACCAAAAAAUGUCGAAGGCUGUACGAUUGGAAGAGGGCAAUGCAUCCAAGGUCCCUGUUCCUGCUGGUUCAAACAAAGGGAUUUCGGUGAUGGAUCUAGUUUUGCGCCUUAUUGGCAUCGCUGGCACUUUAGGUGCUGCCAUUGCAAUGGGUACUAAUGAACAAACUCUACCAUUCUUCACUCGGUUUGUGCGUUUCAACGCAGAAUACGAUGAUUUCACGUCUUUCAGAUUAUUUGUGGUUGUUAAUGCGAUAGUAACUGGAUAUCUCGUUCUCACGAUCCCUUUAUCAAUUGUUCACAUCAUGAGGAGCGUGGCCAGAGGAAGCAGAAUUCUUCUGAUUAUCUUUGACACGGUCAUGUUGGCUCUACUUACUUCAGGGGCAUCAGCUGCAGCGUCAAUUGUGUAUCUUGCCCACAACGGAAACUCCUCAACAAAUUGGUUACCAGUGUGCCAACAAUAUGGGGACUUUUGUCAAGGUGCAUCUGGCUCGCUCAUCGGAUCAUUUGGAGCAAUCGUCGUGUUGAUACUAGUAAUCUUGCUUGGUGCCAUAGCAUUAUCUCGACAUGCCAAACGUGUAGUAGUACUUUAAUCUAUAUUCGAAUCAUUUGGGCGUGAGCUAUAUUUGUGUGUAAUUUCACCUUGUAUCUGUUUCUUUGGUUUAUAUUGUGUGGAAAAUU